AUGUCCGAGACCAUUGAGACGGAUGUCUUGAUCUCUGGCGGUGGCCCCGUGGGUCUGCUUAUUGCUUACUCACUGGCACUACAGGGCGUGGACUCUCUACUCGUCGAACGACAUGACAAGGCCCACCAAGCGAUGUAUGGCCGUGCAACAACUCUCUACCCUCGUACCCUCGAGAUGUUCGAUCAGCUGGGUCUUCUCGAUGAACUGAAUCAAAUCGGUUACGUUGCGCGCAACAGCGUCACCUAUCGCAAGGGCAAGCGCGUUACCUCCCGAGGAUGGCACAUCAUGUUCCAGCGCACGUAUGGCACCUUUCUUGACUACUGCCUCAACAUCCGCCAGAAAUACUCCGAAGAGGUGAUUCGGGGCGCUUAUGAGAGCCUCGAAGGCACGCCCUACAUCGGCUGGAAACUGGAGCAUUACACGGUCGACGACGCUGCGAAGGAUGAUUAUAAAGUGACGGCGAAUGUCACAGAGGUCAGCUCGGGCAAGAGCCUGACGGUGAAAAGCAAAUACAUCGUCGGUGCCGAUGGCGGUCAUUCCCUUGUGCGUCGUCUCGCCAAUAUCCCCUUCGAAGGCGAUCAGACCGUGUUCAAGUGGAUUCGCAUUGAUGGCUACUUCAAGACCAACAUGCCUGAUGCCGAUGUGGGUUUCGCUUCAAUCGAAUCCGAGGCCCACGGCAACGUACUCUGGGUCCAGCUGGAUCAUGGCGUCAAGCGUAUCGGCUUCGCGAUGACGGCGGAGAUGCUCGCCAAAUACGGCGACAAUUUUACUCUUGAAGACGCCAAGGCGGAGGCCGUCAGAGCUAUGGCGCCUUUCUCACUGGAGAUCGAAUCUGUCGAGUGGUGGACCUUGUACGGUAUUGGCCAGCGAGUGGCAGAUCAAUUCUUCAACAACGAUCGAGUCUUGCUGGCCGGCGACGCGUGCCACACGCACUCGUCCGGUGCUGCUCAGGGUAUGAACACGGGUAUUCAUGACGCCGUGAACUUGUCCUGGAAACUGGCCGGCGUUGUCAGGGGCUGGUACGGCGCCGACAUGCUGCAGAGCUACGACACGGAGCGUCGUCCGGCCGCACAGUACCUGAUUGAGCUCGAUAAAGCUUUCUCGGCGACCAUCUCCGGCCAAGUUCCGGACAAGUACAAAGGGCACUGCAUAGACGCCAACGAGCUGUUCACCAAGCUCUUCGAUGAGACUAUCCACUUCAACAUCGGCCUCGGGAUCCACUACGACGAGAACCUGAUCAACAAGCCCCCUUCAGCGACUAUGAAUAAUGCGGGCUGGAGAGCUCCCGACGCUCUGGUCUAUGCCCCCGGCUCGCGCCUGCCCACCCGUCUCUUCCAUCUGACCAAGAACACCGGCGUCUGGUCCAUCCUGGUCUUCGCUGGACAGCCGGAAAGGACGAAGGCGACCCUGAAGACGGCCGUGGAGGAUCUGGGCAAGCUUCGCGUGGCAUUGCCCCCUGGGGCCGUUCGUCUCUUGACCCUGGUCUCGCAGGCUUGCAGCGGAGGUGACCAUGUCUUCGAGACUCCGAGAGCGGGCAAGCUGUACUACGACGCGGAACGGUCCGCUCAUACCGCCUACACCAUCUCCGACUAUAAUGGCGGUCUGGUGGUGGUGCGCCCGGACGGCAUCCUGGGCUUCGCGACUCACUUGGAUGAUGUAGAGGGUGUUGCCGAGUACUUCAGGGGCUUCAUGACGUACUGAGUGUGUGUAUUUGGAGAGCAGUGUCUUGUUUAUUUGGGUGUUUUUUUGUUCAAG